AUGGCGGCACUUGGGGAAAUGCAGCCUCCUCCUCCACCUCCCAUCCAGAUACGCCAGGCCGUCGACGAGGUUAUAAACCUCAUCGUACAAAUCCGUCACAAACUUACCACUAUGAUCAACUGGUACAUAUACCCUGAAAUUGUACCCAGCGAGAUCAAGGCAUAUGAACCACGUUUAAUCAUCCUUCAAGAGCGCCUCAGAGCACUAGGAACGAUUUCGUAUGAGGAGCUGGCCAAUUUGGUUGAUGGAUCUGAUGGUCUAGCAUCACAGUACCUACUUCAGAUCGUGGAACAGCUGCUGACCUCUGUGAUUGCAAUCGAAAAGAUUUUUGCCAACCACUACGAUCCUGAGCUCCACAUGAAAAGGCCCAUGAACACAAUCUGGUAUACGCUGGACUAUCGAGGCCAGCAAUUGAGACUAGUAGCAGGACAACCGAUGAUCAAUCCUCGUCGCCUCUUUCCUGAGGAUUACCGUGGUGUCAAUGUACUUGGGAAUUUUUGUCGUGGUGCGGUACAAAUCCUAAACAACCGAGAUCGUGGCAAAAUCUCCUUCAUCGAGAAAAAGGACUUGAAGGAAGAAAAUAGCCGCAAACUGCGAGAUUUUGGUGGCGCAUUCUUGUACUGGGAGUGCGCUGACUGUGCGUACAAAGUGCGAUAUCACGUUAGCAACUCCAUGACUUCGAAUAUCCACACAACGGAUGAAUUCCGAGAACAGGAAUCGGCUGCAAUCCAGUAUCGGAGUUCAUUUCUAGCGAGAAGCCACUUAUAUCUGCCACUGGCUUCGACAACACUCGGAUCGUUGGGGAAACGCGAAAGUUUGACCAUCUCCUCAUCCACAACCAAGUAUGGAUGUCUGUUCUGCGCAUCCAAGGGAAAAGAAUUGAAACGGGGAAGUACAGCCUUUGCCAGGCCCGAAGAUUUGGCGGAACAUAUUGGCACGUACCACAGAAAGCCACUGCCACCAAGUAUUUUACUCCACAAAUACCUCGUGGCAAUUGCGGGUAAAAUGGUCAAUGAUCGUCUUCGGUGGGAUUUGAACUUUUUGUGA